AAAAGGCCAAAAGUUAAUAAUUUCCCCUUGAAUCCGACCGUUUCCACACCUUCCCGUAGCUCCCGUGACCGGCUCCUCCUCCUCUCCCACCUGCCCGUCGCCGGAUCUCCUUCGCCGUUCUUCCCCUCUCCGGUCAUCAUCCUUUUUACUCUCCUUCCUUCGUGCUCUGCCCCGCCGAUCGUGUGCUCUCCGAUCGCGUCGCGCCUUAACUUAUCUGAAAAAAAAAAGAGAGGAAAUUUGCUACGCCGAGGCGAGACCGAUUCCGGGAAUGGCUGAUCUUGGCGAAUCAAGAGAGGUGAGAGUGUUUGAGAGUACGGAUGAGCUCGCCAUCGACUUGGCCGAGUAUAUCUCGCUGCUAUCGGAGGAUUCCGUGAAGGAGAGGGGAUGCUUCACUGUCGCGUUAUCUGGAGGAUCGCUGAUAAGUAUGAUGGGGUAAUUGCUUCCUAGAUUUUUCGUAAAAGAAAAUGUUUUUUUUUCCUAUAGACGUUGCGGUAUCACGGAGGGAGACGAGGCCAUAUUUUGUUUCAUGCAGGAAACUUUGUGAAGCUCCUUAUAACAAGACUGUUGAUUGGACGAAGUGGUAUGUGUUUUGGGCUGAUGAACGUGCUGUAGCAAAGAACCAUGUCGAUAGCAACUUUAAGCUCACAAGAGAUGCCUUUCUUUCUAGGGUGUCUAUACUCAACAGCCAUGUGUUCUCCAUCAAUCACAAUGCAACAGUGGAGGAUGCAGCUGGAGAGUAUGAAUUUGCGAUUCGCCAGCUCGUCAAGGUCCGAACUGUAGGCGUUUCUGAGAGGAAUGACUGCCCCAAGUUUGAUCUUAUUCUUCUCGACAUGGGACCGGAUGGACAUGUCGCUUCACUGUUCCCUAAUCACCCAGCUCUUAAACUGAAAGAGGAGUGGGUUACCUAUAUCGCUGAUUCACCUAUACCUCCACCCGAAAGGAUUACUUUCACACUCCCUGUGAUCAACUCAGCUUCUAAUAUUGUUAUCGUGGCUACAGGUGAGGAGAAGGCCACGGCUGUGGGUCUCGCCAUUUCCCAUGAAAACGAGAACUCCAAUGCAUUCUCGUUGCCCGCUAGGAUGGUUCGACCAACUGAUGGUAAAUUAGUGUGGUUUUUGGAUUCCUCAGCUGCUUCGCUUGGCGAUGUCAGCAACGGUGGUUCUGGAGAAGCCAUGUGAUAGGUGUAAAAGGUCCAGUAAAUGUGUCUGUAGAUCGAUUUCCGAACAAAUUGUUUCUCUCGAGAGUAGCUGCUGUGAAGAGGGAGUUCCAUUGCCGCUCGGUUUAGUAAACAUUGUAGUUCCUCAAUCCCUGUUAAGCAUGUAUACAGCUUUUGUUCUUCUUCCUCAAAUACCAAAUACUAUGUUUGCUUCAA